AUGGCAUCGACAGAAGGCCAAGAAUACACGGCCAAGGAGGUCGCCGCUCACAGAGAAGCCAACGACUGCUGGAUGGUCAUCCACGGUCAGGUCUACGAUGUGACAAAGUACCUCCACGACCACCCCGGUGGCGCAGAGGUCCUUGUUGAGGCUGCCGGCGUCGACGCAACAGAAGCCUUCGACAACGCAGGCCACUCGGAAGACGCCUCUGAAAUCAUGGCCGAGUUCCGCGUCGGCAAGCUCAAGGGCGCCAACAAGCGCAACGCUCCCAAGGCUGUCAAGCUGGCCCCCAAAUCCGCACCCAAGCAGCCCACCACCACCUCCGGCCCGGCCCGCGUCGCUUCCCAGGCCGCCGCCGCGGCCGUCUUCCUGGCCCUCGGCGCUAUCGCCGCCCGUCAGGCCUCCAACACCCCCGCCGGCCAGGACGUCAUCGCCGCCCUGCAGCGCCUCAACCUCCAGCUCCCCGCAUGGCUGUCCUUCGGCUCCGCAACCGCCGCCGGCCGCCCCAAGCGCACAGGCUUCGGCUUCGUUGAGGGCUUUGCCGUCGCCUCCGCCAUCUUCGCCGUUGCCGGUACCGUCACCGCCAACAAGCUCUCCAAGCUGUUGCACUUCGACGCCACGCCCAUGAAGUUCCGCCCCCACCAGAAGAUGCCCAAGGUCGCAAAGGCCAACCCCCUCCUGCAGCGCGGCUGGCUCGACCCCGUCAACUACCACCCCCUCCCCCUCGUCGAGAAGGAGCUCAUCGCACCUAACGUCUACCGCCUCGUCUUCGAGCUCCCGACACCGACCACCGUCCUCGGCCUCCCCAUCGGCCAGCACGUCGCCAUCAAGGCCGAGAUCGACGGCAAGUCCGUCAGCAGGUCCUACACGCCCACCUCCAACAACUCGGACCUCGGCCGCCUCGAGCUCGUCAUCCGCACCUACCCGGACGGCCUGCUCACCGGCAAGUACCUCGCCAACGUCGAGGUCGGCGACGAGGUCCUCUUCCGCGGUCCCAAGGGCGCCAUGCGCUACCACCGCGGCCUCUGCAAGAAGAUCGGCAUGCUCGCCGGCGGCACCGGCAUCACCCCCAUGUACCAGCUCAUCCGCGCCAUCUGCGAGGACGACCGCGACACCACCGAGGUCAGCCUCAUCUACGCCAACCGCUCCGAGGCCGACAUCCUCCUGCGCGAGGAGCUCGAGGCCUUUGCCAGAAGGUACCCCAAGAACCUCAAGCUGCACUACCUCCUCGACGCCCCGCCCGAGAACUGGACCUACGGCGUCGGCUACGUGACCCAGGAGAUGAUGGCCGAGCGGUUUCCCGCCCCGGGCCCGGAUUCGAAGGUCAUGCUCUGCGGCCCGCCGGGCAUGGUCAACGCGGCCAAGAAGUCGUUGGCGAACCUGGGCUUCGAGAAGCCCGGGUCCAUGUCCAAGAUGACCGACGCCGUCUUCUGCUUUUAG